ACGGGUCGAGCGAGAAGGAAUUUCACAAAUACCUAAAUAAAAAACAGUCACAGCUCCAGGAUUUCACCAAAAACGAUCAAAUAUCCUAAUGUUAUUAGUGGUAUUUUUCCCCACCAGCCAACACCCCUACUUCCCAACCCCCGCUUCCGUAAAAUUCCCUCUAUUUAAUAUCCGGGGUUGUUAAAUUCCCCGCUUGUUUAUUUUGACUGUUUUACAGAGGUGUCGGAGCGGCUCUCCGGUGAGCUCUGGUAGCACUGCACCCCUGAAUGUAUGAGACAGUACAGUGUUAAAUAUAAAACCCUGAACAGUGUCGAUGAUCAGAGGGAUCUUAGACUCCAAGUUCAUCGCUCCCUGAAAGAGACAGCACAGAUUGAUCGGGUGGUUAAGAAGCAAAUGGCAUGGUUGUCUUUAUUAGUUGAAGCACUGAGUUCAAAAGUCGGGAAGUUGUGUUGCAGCUUUGUUAAACUAUUUGGACCACAUCUGGAGUGUUUCAUACAGUUCUGGUCGCCCCCAUUCUCGGAAGGAUGUCGGGGCUUUGGAGAGGGUGCAGAACAGUUUUACCAGGAUACUGACUGGAUUAGAGGGCAUGAGCUAUAACGAGAGGCUGGACAAACUUGUGUUGUUUUCUCCAGAGCGGCGCAGGCUGGGGUGAGACUGGAUGGACUUUUAUCAGAUUACGAGAGGAAUAGAUAGAGUGGACAGAGGGUAUGUUUUUUCCUGGGGGUUUGAAAUCUCUGACACAGUUAAGGUGAGAGGAGAUGUGAGGGGCGUCUGUUUAUUUCCACUGAGUGCUGGGAAGCUGGAGUCUACGUCUGGGGUGUUAGACCCAACCGGUCACGUGAUCCCAUUUGCCCCUCCCAUUUAACCAUAGAUGUAACGAUCUCUUUGUGCAUGUUCACAAUCUCCAGGUGGGUGGUCAUGCAUCCUCCAUGUUGUGUUGGGGAAAUCUGAUGUUGGCCACUGAGUCCCGUUAACUUCCCCCGAACUCGCCUCGUUUCCUGAAGCUCCUCACAUUUGUCCUGGAGCUUUAUGGCUGUUGUGUCUUCUGCCGGACUGGGGUGGGUCCCAGAUUGUGGGGAUCUUUGAUUUUACUGCCUGCUUUACCGAGGGACUGGGAAGUCUAGGGGGGAGAAUGGUUUCUGAGAUGUGCUGAUCUGAAUCCAAAGGUCUCUGCUGUUCCUCACAGUCACGGGCGGAGCAGUUACCAUGCAAAGCGUGAAGUGUCUGGAUGGGAAACUCUCUAUGGUGUGUAGAUAAAAAUUUGGUGAGGGCCACAGUAUAUCUGGUAAAGUUCUUGUUAUUUUUGCUAAUUCUGUCAUUUUAUAAUCUUUUGGACAGUAGUAUGUACUAUUCAUUCAGUACCUAUGUGUUGCUGGAGGACCAUCAGUGAUCGUCCUUGAUCCCUUCUCCCACCUGGUUCCAUCUGCUCAUCUUGUUCAACCUCUGUCCAGUCUCCUCACAACCCCCAACUCCGCUUCAGUGAUGUACACCAACCAUCUGGGUCAUCCUCAGUCCGCCUUGUAUCCCACCUCCUCAAUGUUAUAUAUCAGCAAACUUUCUUCCAACCCUUGUCUUCAUCGUGAAAUGUUCUUUUGUACCUUUGGCCUCGCUGAGUCAUUUCCAGAAUCGGUUAUUGUUAGCUGGAAUGCCGGAGGGUCAUCAGGUCCCAGUUCUGUUGUGCAUUGGUGUGGAGGUGCUCGUUUAUGAACAGUGACGGGCUGACACACUGCAGCAUUUUACUGGCAGCAAAGAGUACUGGGAGAGUUGGUGCUUGGGCUCUAAUCCUGUGAUCGGCUUUCCAGGCAAAUGGAACUGUUGGUGUUUUGGCUUUGACUUUGGUUUGAGCUUCUGCAGAUGGGGCCGGAUGUUCGUCCUGCAAUGAAGCAGAAAUUUUGAGCAGCUGGACAUUGGUUGUGGGGAAAUCCCGGAUUGCACUACCCAGUGUGAGAUGUGGGGACAAUGUGUGAGACUCUCAGGGUCGGUGAGUGGCAGAUUCAGCUGUGUGAUUGUGAGGUUUGGUCCUGGGAUGUAACAGUUUUUGAUCCAGGUAAAAUCGACCCAGCAAUCGAGCUGUUUGGGCUUGUGAGGUGUUGAGUGAGUAUUGCUAACAAGGUUUACAUAAGUAAUCCCAGGAAUGAUCGGUGGAGCAUUUGAGGGUUUUGGACCUGUGCUCAAUGGAGUUCAGAGGGAUGGAGAGUCUGCGAUCUGAUAGCACUGUCUCAGAAUAAAGAUGCUUCUCCUUAAAACUGAGAUGAGAAAAUUUUUUUGGCCAAAAGGUGUCUGAUCUGUGGAAUUUGUUGCCACAGAGGUUGAUUGAGGCUGCCGUUUGAGUAUAUUUAUGACAGAGAUUAAUAUACUCAUGAUUGCUAAGUAGCUUCACCUAAUUCUGUUCCUGUGUCUUAUGUCUUACCAUGAUUGAAUGAUGGCUCCUUCUUAUCCCAUAUCAUUCUUUGAUAUGUGAGGGGCAAUAAAAUAUUGUUCUCUGAGAUCGUUAAAUCUGCCUUCAGUGUUUAAAUCUCAGUGAGUUUUGUUCUUAGUAACAUUACGCAGAAAUGUUUAGUUCUCCUUUUCAUUAUUAACGUGCUCCAUUGUCUCUCUGGUUAAAGUUAGACCUGUGGUGAGAGAUUUACUUGAAGAAAAACCCCAACUGGAGGCAAACCACGACUGUAAGACGAGGGAACAACAACAAGUGAACCAGCCCGAGGAUUGAGAGCAUCAACUGGAGAGAAACCAAUCUGACUCGGAGAUUCCGGUGAUUCAGUCAGGAGAAAGUCUGGUUAAAAUCGACCAGGAAUUUGUCUAUGGGAAUUCAAACACAACACACCAGUUGUGCUGUCUCUGUCUAGAUAUUUAAGGAGCAAGAGAUUCAAUCAGCCAUCCUUCCUGCUCAGACUUUGCGGAGUGUUUCACUCGGUCAUCUGAUCAAUUGACACGUCCAUCAUUUUACACAGGGGAGAGACCAUUCACCUGCUCAGACUGUGGGAAUGGAUUCACUUGGUAAUCUCAACUGAAGCUACACACUGGGGAAGUCCAUUCAUCUAUUCUGUGAGUGGGAAGGGGUUCAGUCGGUCUUCCCACCUGUGGACACACCAGUCAGUUCACACGGGGCAGAGGCUGGUCAUCUGCUGAAUUUGUGGGGAAGGAUUCACUCGGUCAUCUGAUCUAAUGGCUCACCAGCGAGUUCACACCGGGCAGCGGCUGUUCGCCUGCUCAGACUGUGGGAAGGGAUUCACUUGCUCAUCUAAACUGAAGGUACAUCAGCGAGUUCACACUGGGGAGAGGCCAUUCACCUGCUCAGACUGUGGGAAGGGAUUCACUUGCUCAUCCACACUGAAGGCACAUCAGCGAGUACACACAGGGGUGUGGCCGUUCACCUGCUCAGAAUGUGGGAAGGGAUUCAGUCAGUCAUCUGAUCUACAAAAACACCAGCGAGUUCACACUGGGGAGAGGCCGUUCAUCUGCUCAGACUGUGGGAAGGGAUUCAGUCAUUCAUCCACCCUACACAGUCACCAACGAGUUCACACUGGGGAGAGGCCAUUCACCUGCUCAGAUUGUGGGAAAGGAUUCAGUCAUUCAUCCACCUUACAGAGACACCAGCGAGUUCACACUGGGGAGAAGCCAUUCACCUGCUCAGAAUGUGGGAGGGGAUUCACUCAGUCAUCUGAUCUACAAAACCACCAGCGAGUUCACACUGGGGAGCGGCCAUUCACCUGCUCAUGCUGUGGGAAGGGAUUCACACAGUCGUCCAAAUUAUUGGCACACCAGUCAGUUCACACUGGGGAGCGUCCGUUCACCUGCUCAGACUGUGGGAAGGGAUUCACGCUGUCAUCUAAUCUACUGAGACACCAGCGAGUUCACACUGGGUAGAGGCCUGCUCAGUCUUUGGGAAGAGAUUCUCUCGGCCAUCUCCACCAAAUGUGUAUGAUUGUCAAGUCAAAUUUGAGUUUCAGGAAGGUAUCAAGGAAGAGCAAGAAUUCACUGGCAGAGAGGACGGAACCUACUGUCUGAGGGCGGUUUCUGCCCAGAACAUUUGGGCGGACCCCGCAGCGUCACAGUGGCAGUCCGAGAGCAGCGUCACAACCCGCGGUAAGAUGCCGAACUUUAAAUAAUUGUUGAGACUGUUUCAGGGAAAGGAACACUGCUGUCACUGCGUUUGGUUUAACUCCGCCAAUGGGAUCAUCGCAUGCAGGCACUUCUUGAAAAUGGCGCAAGGCUUAAGAAGAGCUUGUGAACCUUUGAGAGAGUUCACCCAGUUUGGAACCAUAACGGUCCAGUAGAGAAACGGAGGUGCAGGUCCAAAAUUGUCUCCGAAGUCCGAGAGGCAGCCAGUUUUUCACCUAAUCCUAAUGCUAAUGCUAAUGCUACUGCCUUAUGACUAACCUUGACUAGACUAAUGACUGACAUGACUGAUUAUUUAUGACUACUGACUAAUAACUAAGAACUAUGAAAUGCCACACUUGUGAAAAUAAAAAUAAAAAGUGGAAAAGAAGGAAAGUUGUUUGGUCAUUGAAUGGAAUCCGGUUAAAACCUUCGGGUAUUCAGUCCCGUUCGAGUGUGGAAGCUGCACAUGUGCAAAGGGAGCAGUGAAAAUACUGCUUGACAAAACUGUUUGACUCGGAAACUGGAGGACCAGGAAACAGAAAUCUGUGAGCUUUGAGCUGGGACAGCAAGAGCAAUAAACUGUAGUCCUGAAAAAGGAAGGAAGGAGAAAGGAGGAUGCUGAAAUACUAACACCAACGGCGUUGGGCUUUUCCUCCAAUUUUCCCACGCCAGCCAUCAGACUGAAACCGACGGCCCUUCCCAAGUUUCCUGGCAGCAGACGUGAUUUUUACAGGUGGAGAAAGGACUGGGAAGCACUCCAGAGGCAGGGAGAGCCGACCGGUGCAAGAGAGGUGAAAAAGGUUCAACUGCUGGACAGUCUUGACGACAAAGUCAGAAGAGACCUUCGCCUCAAAACUUAUAAAACUGCAGAUGUCAUCUUUCGUGUUCUAGAAAACCGCUAUGGAAAUCGAGCGUGGAAAUCGGAAAUGGAUAGUAUUGGUGCAGCAUGCGAGCCAAAAUGCGGGGGUUGUGGCUGCGGAAACUGCCAGCCGGGCGGCAAAGGAAUGACUCUUGCUGAAGAGAGGAAACUUGUAUACAAAUUCAUAUACAAAAAAAAAAUCAAAGCAAUAGUGAUAAGGGAGAAAGAAAGGCAUGAAUAUUGACUUCUCUAACUUCCGUUAAUGCCCCUCCUCCCCUUCUUACCCCAUCCCUGACAUACUGAGUUGCCCAUCACGCCACCUGUUCUCUAUCUCCCUCUGGUGCUACCCUCCACCUUUCUUCCUCCCUAGGCCUCCUGUCCCAUGAUCCUUUCCCUUCUCCAGCGCUGUAUCACUUUUGCCAAUCACCUGUCCAGCUUUCAG